UGAGGAGCAAGAUGAGAUGUGGCCCCGCUGCCUGUGAGGGCCCGGGAUGGCACUCUCAGUGGCAGGGCUCAUUGUCUUCUCCCUCCUGCAAACCGUCCUCUCUUUGAACCCUGAGGACCCCAACGUAUGCAGCCACUGGGAGAGCUAUGCCGUGACUGUCCAAGAAUCCUACGCUCACCCCUUCGACCAGAUCUACUACACACGGUGCACAGACAUCCUCAACUGGUUCAAGUGCACCAGGCACCGGAUCAGCUAUAAGACGGCGUAUCGGCGCGGCCUCCGCACCAUGUACCGGCGGAGGUCCCAGUGCUGCCCUGGCUACUAUGAGAACGGAGACUUCUGCAUACCCCUGUGUACGGAGGAGUGUGUGCACGGCCGCUGUGUUUCCCCGGACACCUGCCACUGUGAGCCCGGCUGGGGAGGACCCGACUGCUCCAGCGGCUGCGACAGUGACCACUGGGGCCCCCAUUGCAGCAACCGGUGCCAGUGCCAGAACGGUGCCCUGUGCAACCCCAUCACUGGCGCCUGCGUGUGCGCCGCUGGCUUCCGUGGCUGGCGCUGCGAGGAGCUCUGUGCGCCUGGCACCCACGGCAAGGGCUGCCAGCUGCCGUGUCAGUGCCGACAUGGUGCCAGCUGUGACCCCCGCACCGGCGAGUGCCUUUGUGCGCCUGGCUACACUGGUGUCUACUGCGAGGAGCUGUGCCCACCUGGGAGCCACGGGGCUCACUGUGAGCUGCGCUGCCCGUGCCAGAAUGGGGGCACCUGCCACCACAUCACUGGCGAGUGUGCCUGCCCCCCAGGCUGGACGGGAGCAGUGUGUGCCCAGCCUUGCCCACCAGGGACGUUUGGCCAGAAUUGCAGCCAGGACUGUCCUUGCCACCAUGGAGGACAGUGUGACCACGUGACUGGGCAGUGCCACUGCACAUCAGGAUACAUGGGGGACAGGUGCCAAGAGGAAUGCCCCUUCGGGACUUUCGGCUUCCAGUGCUCACAGCGCUGCGACUGCCACAAUGGGGGUCAGUGCUCACCCACCACCGGUGCCUGUGAGUGUGAGCCUGGCUACAAAGGCCCACGCUGCCAGGAGCGGCUGUGCCCCGAGGGCCUGCACGGCCCAGGCUGCACCUUGCCCUGCCCCUGUGAUGCCGACAACAGCAUCAGCUGCCACCCAGUAACUGGAGUUUGCACCUGCCAGCCAGGCUGGUCUGGCCACCACUGCAACGAGUCCUGCCCCGCUGGCUACUAUGGCGAUGGCUGCCAGCUGUCUUGUGCCUGUCAGAAUGGUGCCGACUGCCACAGCAUCACUGGGAGCUGCACUUGUGCCCCAGGCUUCAUGGGAGAGAUCUGUGCAAUUCCCUGUGCGGCAGGGACCUAUGGCCCCAACUGUUCAUCUGUUUGUAGCUGUAACAACGGUGGCACCUGCUCCCCAGUAGAUGGCUCCUGCACCUGCAAGGAAGGGUGGCAGGGCCUCGACUGCACCCUGCCCUGUCCCAGCGGGACAUGGGGCCUAAACUGCAACGAGAGCUGCACCUGUGCCAAUGGGGCGGCCUGCAGCCCCACAGACGGCUCCUGCUCCUGCACCCCCGGCUGGCUGGGAGACACCUGUGAGCUGCCCUGCCCGGAUGGCACAUUUGGGCCAAACUGCAGUGAGCGCUGUGACUGCAGCCACGCUGAUGGCUGUGAUCCUGUCACAGGCCACUGCUGCUGCCUGGCUGGAUGGACAGGCAUCCGCUGUGACAGCACGUGUCCACCUGGUCGCUGGGGCCCCAACUGCUCCAUCUCCUGCAGCUGCGAGAACGGUGGCUCCUGCUCCCCAGAGGAUGGGAGCUGCGAGUGUGCCCCUGGCUUCCGAGGACCCUUAUGCCAGAGAAUCUGCCCCCCUGGGUUCUAUGGCCACAGCUGCGCCCAGCCGUGUCCCCUCUGUGUGCACAGCAGUGGGCCUUGCCACCACGUCAGCGGCACCUGUGAGUGCCUCCCCGGAUUCUCUGGAGCCCUCUGCAACCAAGUGUGUGCUGGAGGGUACUUUGGGCAGGACUGUGCCCAGCUCUGCUCCUGUGCCAACAAUGGGACCUGCAGCCCCAUCGAUGGCUCCUGCCAGUGCUUCCCUGGAUGGAUUGGCAAGGACUGCUCACAGGCUUGCCCACCUGGGUUCUGGGGCCCCGCUUGCUUCCACACAUGCAGCUGCCACAACGGGGCGCACUGCAGCGCAGAGGAUGGGGCCUGCCGCUGCACGCCAGGCUGGACCGGACUCUUCUGCACGCAGCGCUGCCCAGCAGCGUUUUAUGGGAAGGACUGUGGGCAUGUGUGCCAGUGUCAGAAUGGCGCCAGCUGUGACCACAUCAGCGGCAAGUGCACCUGCCGCACAGGCUUCACCGGGAGACACUGCGAGCAGAGAUGUGCCCCAGGAACCUUUGGCUAUGGGUGUCAGCAGCUAUGUGAGUGCAUGAACAAUGCCACCUGUGACCACGUCACCGGCACCUGUUAUUGCAGCUCUGGAUUCAAAGGAAUCAGGUGUGACCAAGCUGCCCUCAUGAUGGAGGAGCUGAAUCCCUACACCAAGAUCAGCCCAGCUUUGGGUGCAGAGCGGCACUCGGUGGGUGCUGUCACAGGCAUCGUCCUCCUGUUGUUCCUCAUUAUGGUGCUGCUGGGCCUGUUCGCCUGGCGCCGACGAAGGCAGAAAGAGAAGGGCCGUGACCUGGCUCCCCGUGUCUCCUACACACCUGCCAUGAGGAUGACCAGCACUGACUACUCCCUCUCAGAUUUGUCUCAAAGUAGCAGCCAUGCCCAGUGCUUUUCCAAUUCCAGCUACCACGCACUGGUAUGCGGGGGGCCUGCCACCAGCCAGGCCAGCACUCUGGACAGGAACAGCCCCACAAAGCUCAGUAACAAGUCCCUUGACAGAGACACAGCAGGCUGGACCCCUUACAGCUAUGUGAACGUGUUAGACUCCCAUUUCCAGAUCAGUGCCCUGGAGGCCAGGUACCCGCCCGAGGACUUCUACAUUGAACUUAGACAUCUCAGCCGCCCCGCUGAGCCACACUCACCAGGUGCUUGUGGAAUGGAUAGACGUCAAAACACAUACAUUAUGGACAAAGGCUUCAAAGAUUACAUGAAAGAAUCCGUGUGCAGCUCUAGCACUUGUUCCUUGAAUAGCAGUGAAAACCCUUAUGCCACAAUUAAGGACCCACCCAUCCUCACCUGCAAGCUUCCAGAAAGCAGCUAUGUAGAAAUGAAGUCGCCUGUGCACAGGGCGUCUCCGUACACAGAUGUGCCAUCCUUGUCGACAUCUAAUAAAAAUAUAUAUGAAGUUGAGCCCACAGUCAGUGUGGUCCAAGAAGGCCGUGGUCCUAACUCCAGCUAUAUCCAGAAUCCAUACGACCUACCUAGGAACAGCCACAUUCCUGGUCAUUAUGACCUCCUCCCAGAAAGACAGAGCCCUGCCAAUGAGCCCUCCCAGGACAAGCAGUCUUAAGAGGGAUAAGCUUCUCUCUUGCAAUGUGCUCUGCUGAACAUUCUCUGACUCUCUGAAAGAAGACAAUCCCCUGACUUGAAAUAAUGGUACAGACUGACUCCAGCUGCGUGUUAGUUAUUACUUUCACCUGGAACUAAAGAAGAGCUUCCAAGUGGGACUGGGGUAAUUGCUCAAAAGGUCUGUUUGCAAAGGUAAAUCCUAUCACCCACCCAACUCCAAAUUACCUGGAUUACAUGAUCUUUUAAAACAUUUAGGAAAAAGCUAUUCAUCAACAUGAACUAAAUAUAGCUAACUAUAUUUAUUUAUGUAUUUAACUAUCUGAAACAUGAUGCUUAAAAAGCAUGUAGAAUAGGUUUUACAAACCUUCCUAGGGGGAAAGUAGGACUGGGGAGGGGAAAGGAUUAAUUUAAAUUACCUGAAAUGUAUAUGUACUUUUGGUUGCUGUUACCAUCAACAUGUUUGAUUACCUAAGAUCAUUAGUACAUAGACAAAAACUGUGCUAAUAUCAAACCUAAAGUACCUGUACAUAUAUGCCUGGUCUAUCAAAUUACAAUGGCCAAGGUUACAUUACAGUUUACUAUGUAGUCUAAUGCUAACAACUUCAAUUUUUUAAAGUAAGACUUAAAUAAGUACAAAUUAACUUUCCCUCUUCUGCCCCUGCUGGUAGGUAGAACAAGGAAAAAGAGUUUUCAAAGCUCAACAGCUUUUCAGUCUACGACAAUAUUUCUGGCCAGUUUUUACCAAAUCUUGCCAAUUCAAAAUUCCAGAAUAUUGCAAGUCAGCCCUGGCCUUUUCAUAUCUUCUUGGUCCACCCAACACCCAAGUCAUUCCAUGGGAAAUAAAACUCAGGUGAUGCUUUAAGCAAGCAGUCACAGGCUGAUAAGAAUUAAGUAUCCCCAAAAAUGGGUAUUUGGCCUCUCAUCAAAUUUAUUUGGUUGGCAUUCCUUGACUCAGAAGAGUACUUGCUUUCAAGCAUUUCUUCAUAAUCUUGAGCUUGAUAUAGAGAAAAUUAGACAAAAGAGGAUAUGUCAAGUUAAAAUUGCUUGAAGUACAUUAUGCUUUUUGAUGGAACUAAAUUGAAAUGAUCAAAGAAAGAAUGGACUGUAAUCGGUUGCCGUAACUUGAUGUAAAAACUUUAUAGUAAACAGCACAUAAGGACAUGAAGUACUUCUACCUUAAACCCACCACCUGCUAAGAUGGCCAAAACUGAAUUACAAUGAGCUAACGCUCCAGAUCCCAGUAUUCAGACAUGUCUGUACCUUCCAUUACUAAUGAGCAUAGAAAAACUGGGGCUCAGAUGAGUCGAAAUGGAGUCAGCUCCCAAGCCCUAAAGUGGACCUCCUCACAAGAAUUAAAGACUGAAAGGGCAAACCAAGAAAACUAAUGGGCACCCCUAUACCACUCUAUUCUCUAAUAACAGUUCAGCCAGUAUAAAUACUUCCAAAAGGUAUACAGAAGAGGAACUAUAUGACUGCAAAGCUGGAACAGUUGCUACAGGAAAUGUGGGAGUUCCGAAGCCCUUGAUACAAAUUGGAAGUCUGCCAUGGAACCCAUUAGUUUGGGCAAUAACCAGCAAAAGCAAGGGGGAAAAAAAUGAGUAAGCCCCUCCUCCCCCAUUUCACCAAGGCUUAAGCAAAUGCUGUUAGGGGAAAAUAUCUAAUACUUAACAUGAAUGCUGCAUGUCUGCAUGGGAGCAAGUGAUCAGCAAAUUUACUUCCCAAAAACAGCCUUAUUAAAUAUAAAUACUAGAAAAUACUUUGUAGACUCAAGUAAAAUAUUUCUCAUAUAUAUGUAGAAAGAAAGAUAAGAGACUUACCUCAGUAUUUCAGGGCAGCAAGUGCUCAAUUACCUUUGUGAAGCAAAGACCAAGAAUCAUGGUGAAGUCAGAUCAGCAAGGAGAAACUUCAUCUCAAUCCCAGGUUUUAUCUUCUUCCCUUACCCUGCAUGUACAGUAACUGCUGCCUGGCAAACUGCAAACAAGCACCAUCACUCAAGUUUCAAGUUUCACCUCUUUUUGGCCAACUAUCUUCUGGGCAAAUUUCAACAAGAGGUGGCAUGGUGAAAUUGCUAAAGCACUGGGUCAAGAGAUUUGAGUGUUACUUGCCCUCUUUGGGCUCUUUUUCCCCCGUGUGUAAAAAAAGGAAGAAGCAAGAGGGGUAAGGGAGCCCUAAAACCCUUCAGUUCUAGCAUUCUAAUUUUUAAGGAGAUGUACCACAAAUUAAAUCAGGACCACAAGAAAAGGGAAAGACAGAGGGUGUGAUUACUUGGUGACAAUGGUUGUCUUCACAUAUCUAUGAAUUACUAAUAAAGACAUUUCCAUCUUAUAGAACUGUUAGGAACUUCUGUCUAGCACUGUCACAAAUAAGUUCAUGGUCAACCUAAACAUGUGCACUGUGCAUUUUAUUGACAACUUGGAAAGAUCUGUUGAAGUAUUUUACAGAAACUAUGUUUUCACUCAAGUAAAGUGAUGUGCAUAUAAUUCAAAUGAAUAAAGAAAACACAAUGAUUGUACAAUAGCAUAGGUGAGACUGAAAUGGCAAUACAUUUUUUAAACAACCCAGAUUUGUGAUAUAUUUGUUCACUGUUCAGAGGGAUCAUACCUUGUUCAAAAUAAAAUUAAUUUCUCAAACUAA